UCCAGUAGGAAGGUCUACUGUGAGUAGAAAUUGAAUAACUGAGCCUGAUAUCCAGCAGGAGUAGUGAGAACCAGAUAAAGGCUUUUCUAGUGUAAGAUGACCCAAGUAAGAUUUUGUGGAUCCAGAUGCAUGUUCUGAUCUUGGUGACUGCUCAGUUUUACCUUCAGUCCUCCAGAGUUUUAAAUAUUCUCAGAACCAAAACACAUGGGGUACACAAUUUGUAUUUCUUUUUACUUAUGGAAUAAACCUAAGGCAUGCUCACUUUCAUGGAGUACCUUUGCCCGGAUGGGUGUGACGUGACAUCAGGAAUGCAAACCCUGGGUGUGCUUCAGGCAGCAGAACCAAGCUAGGGCAGCCGACUUCACUUGUUCUUCCAAGGAAUUCCCCUAAUUUAAUUGUAUUUGGAGACCUCUCCUGUGAACACUAUCCUCACUCUUCCUGUUUCCAGUCUCGUGUCAGAGCUACUACUGACCAUAACUGCAGCUGAAACGAGAAGGAAAUGAGCUGGCUCUGUGCUCACUUCAGAGACAGAAGUCCUCACAGAGGACCCUCUUCUGAGACAGAAGCAAUGAAAAUGCAGAGCUCUACUCAGGAGCAUGAGAUUAUUGAAUUACCGGAACAAAAAGUGGAGGAAAGUGAGACUGAUCAUGACAAGCCUCUAAAUGCUCAAACGAGAAAGGAGAGAGAUCCCUGGAAAUCAUGCAGGAAUGUAGUUUUCUGGAAGUGUAAACUAUGGAUGGUUAUAUCUAUGAUGUUUCUAGUGAUCUUCCUGGUCAUUCUCAUCAGCCUAAUUCUUUAUUCUAAUAUUUACACAGAUGAGGAUGACUACUGGGAUCCUGAUGAAUUACUAAGAAAUGGAAAUUUUCACAAUUUUUCAGGAACAUUGGAGUUAAUGUGUGGUCUGUCACACUUCUCCUCUGAGGACAUUACUAAAAGGCUAACAGAGGUCUACAACUCAUCUCCAGCUUUAGGACGUUACUUUAGGUCAGCUCAGGUGAUUUCUUUCAGUAAUGAAAGCUCCACUGUAAUUUAUCAGCUAGUGUUUUGUGUACCACCAUCAACAGAGGGAUUUAUGGAGAACAGUAUGAACCCAGAUUUUAUAAGAAACAUUUUACGUCAAAAUAUUUAUGAUGAAGAUACUCUGAAUUCAUCUGAAUGUGACAGGUUAAAGCUCAACCUGACUUCUCUCAUAUAGAAAUUAUGGAAAGAUUCCUCAUCUUCAUCACCACCUAGAAGAGAUGCGAUUCCCCAUCUAUAAGUAAUCCCAGGGCAGGGAACUAUUCAUUAGGUAGAAACACUUCUAAAAUUGUUGUCCUAUAAAUAUGGCCUGUGGUGCAAUAGUGUAAAUGAAAAAUGUGGUAUAUUUAUGACAUAUAUGUUGUCAUAAUAUGUUGUAUUGCUAUAGCACCACUACCUCCUUCUUCCAUAUCUUAGUAAUCCAUUUCACCCUUGAGAAAAUCAUGUAUUUGAUGCAUGCUCUGUUGACUUUGAAAGCUCUGCUUUGCCUUGGCUUAUGAUUAAAUCUGAAUGUUCUGCAUGAGCUUUGAAAGCAGUCUUGCACAUGACUCCUUUCUUUUUCUCUUGGUUUAUACAAAAUAAUCUAUGCAGCUUCAUCCUCAAUGCUCACUUCCACUCAAACUCAUAUCUGUUAUUUUUUUCCCUCCAAACUUCGUAUGUCACAUUUACUUGUUGCUCUUUCCUUGUAAAACAGCCUGAAAACCUAAAUACAUGUGUGUGUGUGUGUGUGUGUGUGUGUGUGUGUGUGUGUGUGUGUGUGUGUGUAUUUGUAUUCUUGAAUUACAUGCAAGGCCUUUGCACUAGCUUCUUAAGAAUGCUUUAGCUCUCAUAAUUUCCUUAUUCUUCCUACAGCCUCCUUGGAUAAGGUGCUCUUUGCUCUAUUUUUCUCUUCUUCAGUGUGAAAUACGAAAGAAGAAAGCAACAGCAUGAAGAGACAUGUCUCGUUCACUAACAAAGCUGAAUGUCACAGGAAUAUUUAAAGGGUCGAAUUAGCAGUGUGCUUUUACAGCUAGGUACUGCUACUAGUGAAUAGACAGAUACGUGACCUGGUUUUGUAAACCUGAAAAUUUGUAAGUCUAUAUCCUUAAUUAUAGUUCCUGCCUAGCACUGGGGGUAAAAAUGAUGAGAUGUAAGAUAUUUGCCUUAAUAAGGCAGUAAAUAGUUGUUCUUGUUGGUGAGAGACCAAAGGAGAUGAAUCAGUGCCAAGAGUGGUGCUGGAGCAGAAGACAGGCCAGAGUGGCACAAAAGUUACAGGCAGUAACUGGCUAUAACAUAAAAGUUAAGCAUUAACUUUAUGCAGAAUGGAACAUAUUCACUACCAUGUGAGUGAAUUGCAUCUUGUCAUUUAUUUAUAGUCUUAUAAAUGUUAGUGCUGUUGGAUAGAACUUUUAUUUUAAAAAGCAUUUUGUAUUGUAAGAAAUAUGUCAUGGAAAAUUGUUUUUCUCUUUCUAAUAUUACUAGUUUAUUUAAGGAGUAAUCUGACAAUGUUAUUGUGCAUUAAAUUAUUUAUUUUUUGCUCUUAAAGUGACUGUUUUCAUUCUUUAGCAACUCUAGUCUUUCACCUGUGUGAAUUGGAAAAUAGCCAUCAGAAUUCUAAAUGCUGGGCUGCAUGAAGCAUGUCUGACAGAGCUGUUGCUCAAACCCAUAGUUGUUGUUGUUGUUGUUGUAUGCAUUUAAACUGAGUUUGGGAAACUUUCUGGACCAAAUUAGUAGUUUGCAUGACUCUCAUAUUUGCGGCUUGUUCUGAUUCUCUCUUGGUUUGUAAGAUAUAGGAACUAUAAUUUCUCUUGCUGUAAUAAUCUAUGCAGCAUAUAUGUAGAAGAGAGAUUCCUUGAUUCUUAUGCUGGGGAAGGAUAAACAUCAUGGUUUAUAUGGCUUGUCCCAAAAGCAGCAUGCUAUGAAAGUACCAGCAGCAAAGAAAUAAAUUGCUGUUGAGAUGCUGCACAAUCUUACUGCUCUCACCGAGACACCUGAUCCUUUCCUUGAACACUUCUGUAUCUUGAUUCUAGGAACUGAAAAAUAAUGUAAUGAUUUAACUUCCUUAUGGUGAUACCUAUAUAGGCAUUAAAAGUUGAGAAAGGGGUCAAGCAUUCAUUUUUUUCCCAGCCAUCCUCCUUUAUGUCCGUACAUUUACCCCAGAACUUAAUGGGAAAGAAGGAGGUGGAGCUGUAGUAAGAUGUGAUAUUCAGCAGAAAAUGUCUGACUUUACAGAUUGCAUCCAGUCGGGUUUUGAACUCUCACUGAAGGAAGUGUCAAAAAAAGUAGUUUCUGGUUAUAUAUUGGUGAGGUAAAUUGAUCAUGUAAAAGAAAAUUAAAGAGUGAAUUAAUUAUGACUCAAUCCAUUAGAGACACAGCAGUGUGAAAACACAUUAUUACAUCAAGUAAUAAUUAAAAAAUAAUUUUAAAGCACAUUAUUACACCACAAUAUUUUGUAUGAAUGAUCAAUAUUAAUUUUAAUGGAAGCAAUGAGGAUAAUACUUUAAUGACUGGUGUAGCCAGGAUAUUUUCUGAAAAAUCCUUUGCUAGGAUUUUCCCCUGCUGAGGAGCUGCGUGCCUCAGGAAAGAAAUGUAAACAAUUAACUUUCUGCUG